AUGAUCAAUUCCCUUUGUGGAAGCAUGGGUACCCUCAAGAAUGAGAACUCAUUCACCAAACCCCAACAACCUUCUCCCAGUGAUCAUCAGUCAGUUUUCGAAUAUAAGAAAACUACUACUACAGCUCCACCCUCUGAUCUGGAACAAAAUAGCCUAUCCCCACCAAGCCUCAACUUCCCAACUCUCAAAUUCCAAUUGGAUGGAGAUGUUGAAAUCCAAUCACCGGAAAGUUCUCUGUGGGAGUCCUUUUUCGCUGAUCAGUUGGAUGGCGAUUUUAUGAUUUCGUCACCAGUGAGGAAUUUGCCAUCACCACAAACUUCGACUUACAAUUGCAAUUACAACUAUGCUCAGGCAAUGCAGGGGCAGAGUCUCUCAGGGUGCUCUCCUCCUCGAUUCUCGUCUCAGAUUGGACCAUUUAGCAGCACCCAAAAAGGAAAGGGACUUAGCCCACUCCAGAAGGUCUUCAACUCACCAAACAAUCAGUAUAUGAAACCUGAGAGCCUUUCAUUGUCAACCAUUGAGGCCUUUUUCGACGAUUAUCAAAGAGAUGAAUUUGGAGCGUGCUCGACGACAAAGAUGUCAAGUAUUGGAAAUUCAUCGGAGUGUUUUGAUCAUAUGCCAACCAUGGUUCACGCAGUGGAAGGCAUGACAAUGUCCAAUUCUUCAAGGUUUUGCGGUUCGGUGAGUGAAACACCGACUCCAGGAGGUUCUCAACUGAUCCAAGAGAGGGAUCUUUAUCAAAUGGGCUCUAUUGCGAGUGCACCAUUAUCGCAACAGUUGGAACAUGAGCGCCAGCAAGAGAAGCAACCACGGCAAAAGCAGCCACAACCACAACCACAGGAACAACACCAGCAGAACUACCAUAAUAGUUUAAUAGUGCCUCUUCCUAUUGACACUGAGCAGGAACAAGAUCAUAGUGGCCUUCAGCUGGUGCACCUUCUACUAGCAUGUGCUGAAGCAGUUGCGAAAGAAGACUUCAUGUUGGCAAGGAGGUACCUCCACCAUCUCAAUCGGGUUGUCACGCCUCUCGGCGACUCCAUGCAGCGGGUGGCCUCCUGCUUCACCGAAGCCCUGAGUGCAAGACUAGCUGCCACGCUUACCAGUACCACUAAAACCAGCACGUCCAUCCCAAAGCCCUUCUCUCCUUUCCCACCAGACUCGCAAGAAAUCCUCAAGAUUUACCAAAUCGUCUACCAAGCAUGCCCUUAUAUAAAAUUUGCUCACUUCACCUCUAAUCAAGCCAUAUUUGAGGCCUUUGAAGCAGAAGAACGUGUACAUGUCAUAGAUUUAGAUAUUCUUCAAGGCUACCAAUGGCCAGCUUUCAUGCAAGCCCUAGCAGCACGACCUGGUGGGGCUCCAUUUCUCCGGAUAACGGGCGUCGGACCCUCCAUAGAGUCCGUGAGAGAGACGGGAAGGUGUUUAACCGAGUUAGCUCACUCUCUUCACAUCCCUUUCGAAUUCCACGCCGUGGGUGAGCAACUGGAAGACCUUAAAGCCCACAUGUUUGGCCGACGAGUCGGUGAGGCCCUAGCAGUAAAUUCUGUUAAUCGGCUCCAUCGUGUCCCUGGUAAUUGUCUCGGGAACUUACUAGCAAUAAUAAGAGACCAAGCUCCGAACAUUGUAACCCUAGUGGAACAAGAAGCAAGCCAUAAUGGCCCGUACUUUUUGGGUAGGUUUCUCGAGGCACUGCAUUAUUACUCGGCUAUUUUUGACUCGUUGGAUGCAACGUUCCCACCGGACUCUGCACAGAGAGCGAAGGUGGAGCAGUACAUAUUCGCGCCGGAGAUACGUAACAUAGUGGCGUAUGAAGGGUCAGAGAGGAUAGAGAGGCAUGAGAGGUUGGAGAAGUGGAGGAAGCUAAUGGAAGGGAAAGGAUUCAGGGGGGUGCCACUAAGUGCAAACGCGGUGACACAGUCGAGGAUUUUGCUGGGUUUGUAUUCGUGUGAUGGAUAUAGGUUGACAGAGGACAUGGGUUGCUUGCUCUUGGGAUGGCAAGAUAGGGCCCUUAUUGCAGCUUCUGCGUGGAGAUGCUGA